AUGGGGUUCUUCGACGUCUUCAAGAUCAUCUUCAUCCCGGCCCUCAUCGCCCUCGCAAUCUACGUAAUCGGCGCCUUCGUCAUUGCCCCUAUAAUUCGACAUCAACGCAAUCGAUACGGCCAAUACCUCCCGCUCGGAUCGAUAUCAGAACACACGAGCUCACUACGAGACCGAAUAUCCAAUGCGAUUACGUCCUUUAUUGUGCCCCGGCGCAUGGUUGUGAUUGAUGCGACAGGGAGUAGGAGGGGGAGUGUUAGUGGGGAAGAGUUCGUUUUUGAGGAUGCGGAUGGGGAUAGGAUGGUGGGCUUUGACGUUGGGAGGAGUGAUCGGCAAGUCAGAGGGGGGGAUGUCAGUCUGGGAAGGGGUAAUGGGGAGGUGUGA